GCGCGCGCCCGCCCGCCCGCUCGCCCCCGGCCCCGGCUCCUCCUCCUCCUCUUCUCGCCAUUGCAGUUGGACUCAGCAGCCCGGUGCGCACCGCGUGGCUUUUAGGGGGAGACCCCGGCGGGCUGUGGCAGGAGGGCGGCGGCGGCGGCUGCGGUCGGGGAAGGGAACGCCGACAAGUUUCUCCUGAUUUCACCUUUCAUGGCUCAGAGGAAUAAUUCGUUGCGCCAAGAAACUUGGGUUUAUACCUCCCUGGACUUGCCCUCCUGUCAAUAGUUGAAGUAUUGAUAACACCAAGGAAAUCUGUCACAGUUUGAAAAGAUAAGCAAAUAUUUGAUUUCCAGACACUACAGAGAAAAGAAGUAAAAAUGCGUCCGAUGCGAAUUUUUGUGAAUGACGACCGCCACGUGAUGGCCAAGCAUUCUUCUGUGUACCCGACCCAAGAGGAGCUGGAGGCCGUGCAGAACAUGGUGUCGCACACAGAGAGGGCCCUCAAAGCUGUGUCUGACUGGAUAGAUGAGCAGGAGAAGGGAAGCAGCGAGCACGCCGAGUCUGAGAACGUGGAUGUGCCCCCAGAGGACGAGACCAAAGAAGGGGCCGGGGAGCAGAAGACGGAGCACAUGACCAGAACCCUGCGGGGUGUGAUGCGUGUUGGCCUCGUGGCAAAGGGCCUGCUGCUUAAGGGGGACUUGGAUUUGGAGCUGGUGCUGCUAUGUAAGGAGAAGCCCACAACCGCCCUCUUGGACAAGGUGGCCGACAACCUGGCCAUCCAGCUCGCGGCUGUUACAGAAGACAAGUACGAAAUACUCCAGUCUGUUGAUGAUGCCGCGAUUGUGAUAAAAAACACAAAAGAGCCUCCGUUGUCCCUGACCAUCCACCUGACCUCCCCCGUCGUCAGAGAAGAAAUGGAGAAAGUAUUAGCUGGAGAAACGCUAUCAGUCAACGAUCCCCCGGACGUUCUGGACAGGCAGAAAUGCCUUGCUGCCUUGGCGUCCCUCCGACACGCCAAGUGGUUCCAGGCCAGAGCCAAUGGGCUGAAGUCGUGUGUCAUUGUCAUCCGGGUCCUGAGGGACCUGUGUACCCGCGUGCCCACCUGGGGUCCCCUCAGAGGAUGGCCCCUCGAACUUCUCUGUGAGAAGUCCAUCGGCACAGCCAACAGACCCAUGGGUGCCGGCGAGGCCCUGCGGAGAGUGCUGGAGUGCCUGGCGUCGGGCAUCGUGAUGCCAGAUGGUUCUGGCAUUUAUGACCCUUGUGAAAAAGAAGCCACUGAUGCUAUUGGGCAUCUAGACAGACAGCAACGGGAAGAUAUCACACAGAGUGCGCAGCAUGCUCUGCGGCUUGCUGCGUUUGGCCAGCUCCAUAAAGUUCUCGGUAUGGACCCUCUGCCUUCUAAGAUGCCCAAGAAACCAAAGAAUGAAAACCCAGUGGACUACACAGUGCAAAUUCCCCCCAGCACCACCUAUGCCAUUACACCCAUGAAACGCCCGAUGGAGGAGGAUGGGGAGGAAAAGUCUCCCAGCAAAAAGAAGAAGAAGAUUCAGAAAAAAGAGGAGAAGGCAGAGCCGCCUCAGGCUAUGAAUGCUCUCAUGAGACUCAACCAGCUGAAGCCAGGACUGCAGUAUAAGCUGGUUUCCCAGACCGGUCCAGUCCACGCCCCCAUCUUCACCAUGUCUGUGGAGGUAGACGGCAACUCAUUCGAGGCCUCUGGACCGUCCAAAAAGACUGCCAAGCUGCACGUGGCUGUUAAGGUGUUACAGGACAUGGGCCUGCCCACUGGUGCCGAAGGCCGAGACUCCAGCAAGGGGGAGGACUCGGCUGAGGAGACCGAGGCCAAGCCUGCUGUGGUGGCCCCUCCUCCCGUGGUGGAAGCCGCUUCGACCCCCAGCACGACCUUCCCUUCAGAUCCCACUGCCGAGAACGUAAAACAGCAGGGGCCGAUCCUGACCAAGCAUGGCAAGAACCCUGUUAUGGAACUCAACGAGAAGAGGCGCGGCCUCAAGUACGAGCUCAUCUCCGAGACGGGGGGCAGCCACGACAAGCGCUUCGUCAUGGAGGUCGAGGUGGAUGGACAGAAGUUUCAGGGUGCCGGCUCAAACAAAAAGGUGGCAAAAGCCUAUGCUGCUCUUGCUGCACUAGAGAAGCUGUUCCCCGACGCCCCCCUUGCCCUGGAAGCCAACAAGAAGAAGAGAGCCCCCGUGCCUGUGAGGGGUGGCCCGAAGUUUGCUGCUAAGCCACACAACCCUGGUUUCGGCAUGGGAGGCCCCAUGCACAACGAGGUGCCCCCGCCCCCCAACCUCCGAGGCCGGGGAAGAGGAGGGAACAUCCGAGGGAGAGGGAGAGGGCGAGGAUUUGGUGGCGCCAACCACGGAGGCUACAUGAAUGCCGGCGCAGGCUACGGCAGCUACGGGUACGGCGGCAACUCGGCGACGGCGGGCUACAGUCAGUUCUACAGCAACGGAGGGCAUUCUGGCAAUGCCGGUGGUGGCGGCGGCGGGGGCGGUGGUGGCUCCUCCGGCUAUGGCUCCUACUACCAAGGGGACAACUACAACUCACCAGUGCCCCCGAAACACGCCGGGAAGAAGCAGCCCCACGGGGGCCAGCAGAAGCCCCCCUACGGCUCGGGCUACCAGUCCCACCAAGGCCAGCAGCAGUCCUACAACCAGGGCCAGUACAGCAACUACGGCCCUCCGCAGGGCAAGCAGAAGGGCUAUAAUCAUGGACAAGGCAGCUACUCCUCCUACUCAAACUCCUACAGCUCCCCCGGGGGCGGGGGCGGCUCAGACUACAGCUACGAGAGCAAAUUCAACUACAGUGGUGGUGGAGGCCGGAGUGGCGGGAACAGCUACGGCUCAGGCGGGUCAUCCUACAACCCAGGGUCACACGGGGGCUACGGCGGAGGCUCUGGGGGCGGCUCCUCAUACCAAGGCAAACAAGGAGGCUACUCGUCACAGUCCAACUACAACUCGCCCGGGUCCGGCCAGAACUACAGCGGCCCUCCCAGCUCCUACCAGUCCUCACAGGGCGGCUACGGCAGAAACGCAGACCACAGCAUGAACUACCAGUACAGAUAAAGCCCCCCGAGGGCUGAAGAUUUGUACCUUCUGCACUUCCCCCUCGUCGUAAGAUUCAGUUUUCUGCAUCACAGUUAACACGUCCGCCGGCCCCUCGGGCCCCUCCGGCCCGGCCUGUCCUCCUUGCUGUGUUGUGCGGUGCGGCGCGGCACUCCCGUGGCCCGCCCUGUGACCCUUAUCUAGCCGUGUUUGGGACUUCUGUGUCUUCAGUGGUUUGUUAGUUGCCAGUACAACUUUGUCUGAGUAGGGUUUUUGAGUUCUCGCAGUUAAGUACCCCUCUGUCUAUUUGCAAUUGGUGUUAGCGUUAACUCAGUUUGUCUUUAAAUAGCUCCAGAAGGGAUACGUUAUCUGUUAAUGCUUUUGUGAAGUGAGUUAAACGAGCUUUCUGUAUUUUAAUGCUUUAGUGUUUCAGUUUUAUAAGUGAAGAUUUUAUUUUAAAAACCAGUGGGAAAGAGUGGGGUUUUUUUUUGUAUGUCUGGAUCAUUCAGGCAGUACAUCUGAAUUAAGCUGAAUGUAGACAAAUAAAGAAAAAGAAAACCGCGCCCGUCGUAGGCCUGGGUGUCUGACCCACAGUGUGAUGGGCAGGUCCCCCCACUGUUCCCAGCAUGAGAAUGUGGGGCGGGGGAGGCAGGGCAGCCCCUUGUCUCACCCACGGGUCCAGUGCCAGGCCUCUAAAUGCCUUCGCUCCAAGGUGGGCCGGGGCCAGCACCCCGCUAGCACGGGAUCAUGUAUUGUCAGGGUCCCGGGGGGCUCCCGGUGGUCUGCAGAGUGGCCUACGCGGGUGUUUGGGGUCUGCGCACACAGCUCUGCAUGCGCGCUCUCCUGCUCCGGGAAUUCUGGCAUAGCUUUAAGUGCAGUUUCACCUCACUGUGGAGUGGAACCUAGGUAGGUUUGGUACGUGCCACCUAACUUGCAAAAGGCCAAUUGAAUUUGGCUAAAGCACCCCAGGAUCUGGGAAACCCAGCCAUGGAACCUUCUGUGUCUGGAUGGUGUGGUUUUGUGUCCCCACCAGCCUCAGCCUCGAGGUGCCACCCCAGCCCAGAGGCCCUGAGUGCGCAGUUGGGGUUCUUUCUAGCUGCCCAGCCCUGUUCUGGUAGAUUGCCCUGGAGCAGGCCUUCUCGGUGCCAGGCAGUUUUGCAUCGCUCGGGGAACCUUUGUCACGUAGUGGGCAGGGGCCAAGGAUGCUACUGACCACUGUGUGCUUAAGCGGCAGCCACGUGGAGGCGGAGGAACCUGCCCCGAGAGCAGCCUCUCCCCAUGCUGGCCCCGCCCCAGGGGGUGGGCAGGGGUGGCACUGCCCUUGUCGCAGCUGCCCGGGAAGAGCCUCUCUGGCGAGGCCUGGGCUGCAGGGACCCUUCUCUUCGCGUCUCUCUGCCGUCCCUCAGACCAGGCGUCAUUCAGAUUCUGAGCCGCACCAGUCCUUGGCCUCCGGUGCUUGGUUAACCAUAGCCUUUGGGAGAAGAGCAAACCAUCUCGACUCAGAUCUCUUCAGCUGCGGCAGGAAAUCCAGUGUGCCUUUGAAGGAUGAAGGUUCGCCCCGGAGAGGUAAAAGAAAGGUGUUCUGCACUUGGGGGGGAAAAAACGUUGGAAGAAUUUUGCUUUGUGCUAGAGCAGAGGAGAACCCAGAUACCAGCUGAUCCAGCCAGGGGGGAGAGGGAUGGUGUGACACCCACCCGAGAGGCGGUUCACCGUGCCCGCAGUGCCCUUGGCGUGUGUGCGUGCGCUGGUAGAGACAGACCUGAGGCCCUGGGGGCAUGUGCGUGCUGAUGGAGACGACAGACAGACCUGAGGGGUGGGUCCCAACCUGGACUCGAUGGGAUGUGACAUGUCCAUGUCCGGACCCAUCUCUCCUGGACACCUCUGGGGACUAGGAUGAGAUCAUUGGGACCUUGUGUUGAAAUGAGAAGCCCAGAGCUGGGGGCAGAGCCUGCACCACUCCAGAACCCCCAGGGAAGAACCGGCCCCACCUGCCAGAUGCCUUCGAACUGUGGGCCCGUGAUCUCAACGCAGGUCUCCUCGCCGUCAGUUUCCCAAGCAGUGACUCACACCACAUUGACGUUUCUGAAUGUAGACCCUUCGCAAGGGCAAGCAUCUUGAAGGCAGUGGAAGAAACUCCCAGGCCACCUUAAUGUGGAGACCUCAGGGAGCUGUGACUCGGGGCCAUGUUCCUCUUGUGGAAAACAGCAGACCCCCGGGAUGCUGGUCUGAGGCCCUGGGCCUGGUCUGAGCACUCUCAAAGCCAGGACCAGUGUCACUGAUCUGAGGGACUCUAACCGCCAAGAACAGAGCAGUAUCUGAGAAGCAGCAUCUUGCCUUGUUUCACCCAGCUUCUGGUGACUUUGGGCCUUCCUUGGCUCGUGACUGCAUUCCUCCAGUCUCCGCCUCCUCUUCACAUGGCUUCCCCAAGAGCCUCUCGUGUUCUCAGAUCUUCUUACAAGGACACCAGUCAUUGGAUUUCAGGGUCAUCCUGUCAGGGUGAGCACAUCCCAAGAUCCUUCACAUUCAGCUGUAUUGGCACUUAAGAGUUGGAGGUAUGUUUUUGGGCGAACACCAUUCAACCUGCUGAAGGGUUGAGUGAAGGCUCCAUCCCAUGCGGCUCUUGAGCACAGCCAGUAUCACCGUGGUCUGCAAGGCGGGGGCCUGUCCCGAAGCGACAGCUCAUGAGCACAUGUGCCUUGGCAUCCCACCUGCCUGGGGACUUUGUUGGUGCUAAUGGCACUGUGGUGCAGCUGACACCAUGAGCAUGGAGAAGACCUGGGUGCUGGCCUGUCACCCAUUCAAAGUUGACCAAGUCCUUUCCAGCCUGCUGCCCUCCAAGCCCAGGAAGCCAGCCUGGCGGAGGUUCUCACAGAUGCUUCUCUGGGUCCUCCUCAGCCGGGGACAUAGUAGGCAACAGAGACAUGCCUCAGUCUACAUGCUGCCAGAGGAUGGUGUCCCGUGUCUCCAUCACCAGUGGAGGUGACCAGGAAGAGCCAGUGGCCCACAUGCAUAGUCAGCAAGUUGAGCAGGAUGGGGUGUUUGGUGGCUAGACCAUGAGUGUCAGUGAACUGGGACUGGACACCACGCCAGAGGGCUCAGGAUGCCUUUGGAGAGAGAAAGCCCUUCCUGAGGGAACAGCUGGACGUGUAUAGUGGGCUGAAAUGAUGUCACAGGGGCAGAGCUUUGCAGGGAAUUUCAGAUGAUCCCAUGGGGAGGUGGGGCUGCUUGAGACCUAGGACCAAAGAGAACCUCUAAGCAGUAAUGGGGCACAGAUCCAGGAUUUCCACCUUUCUGCAUCAAGCAGAAUCCCUAGGGUCCUGGUCCCCCUGGACUGGGGUCCAGUCUCACCAGGAAGUUGAUACCCAACUGCCUCUACUCUGGCCAGGAAACCUGCACUGUUCCUCUGGCCACUGUCCUGCUUCCAGGGGCUGGUGUGGUCGGGCUGGGCUCAGCCUCAGGACUCCGUCUCCAGGUGUGGCUACCCAUCCCCCCAACUGUGCCCUGCGUAGGCUCUCCUGAGACUUCUGGACACAAUUUUGGGCCACUUACCAGCAAGUCGUGGCCCCGGAUGCUCAUUCUAACCCAUCCCAGAAUAAAUGGAAACUUCACGUGUUCA